AUGGAGCUGCCCUCUGGCGAUGGCGAGAAGGGCAGGAUUUACUUCGGCACUCUCGAGAAGCAAGGCCAGCAGCUGGUGCAGCAGCAGGCCAAGGAGCCGGAGGGGCAGAUGGAGCUCGAGACGCUGCCCUUUUCGCACGGUAUCGCCGAGUCACAAGAGCGCCACUCGGCCCUCCUCGAGCAGCUCGAGCUCAGCAAGCGAGCGCGCCAGAUUGCAGUGCCCACCAGCGACCCCAUGGUCCGUGCACGCCUGCGCGAGCUGGGCGAGCCCAUCACCCUCUUCGGCGAGCAGCCGCCCGAGAGGAGAGAGCGGCUUCGCGAGGUGCUGUCGCGGAUGGACGUGACGCAGGCCGUGCCAGCCACCGCCGCUCCCGCCCCACUGGCGGCGCCCGCCACCGGCGCAGCCGGCGCCAAGAAGCGCAACGACAAGAUGCAAGAGCAGCCCUACUUCACGGAGGGAAGUGCCGAUCUGAAGGCCUCGCGCCGCCUGAUCGCCGACUACUCGCUGCGAAAAGCCCAGCAGCGGGUGGGACGAGCCAAGAGGAAGAGAGAGGAGGGCAAUUUCGAGGAGGAGCUCCGCAAAGCAGCCGCCAGUCGCGAGUGUCUGCGGAGGUUCUCCAACGCGGCCAGUCAGAUCGGCGACGACAGACCUCUGUCGUACUGCGCCUUCUCUCCCGACUCCUCGAUCCUGGCCACCGCCUCGUGGAGCGGCCAGUCGAAGCUGUGGAGCGUGCCCUCGUGCGACCUCAAGACCACACUCAAAGGCCACGGGGACCGUGUGGGAGCCAUCGUUUUCCAUCCGCGCUCGUGCCUCGGACAGGAGUCCGGCGCACUCAACCUGGCCUCGUGCUCCUCCGACCGCACCGUCAAGCUGUGGUCGCUCGACAGUCCGAGCCCCAUAGGGUCGCUGGAGGGACACACGGACCGAGUGUCGCGAUUAGCGUUCCACCCGAGCGGACGGUUCAUCGGCACGACGGGGUUCGACAAGACGUGGCGCCUCUGGGACGUGGAGAAGGGCCGGGAGCUGAUGGUGCAGGAGGGCCACUCGCGCGAGGUCUACGGGAUCGCCUUCCAGUGCGACGGCUCGCUCGCCGCCACCAGCGGCAUGGACGGCUACGGCCGCGUGUGGGAUCUGCGGACGGGGCGAUCAGUCAUGCUCCUCAAGGGCCAUGCCAAGUCGGUGCUGGGCAUCGACUUUGCGCUGAACGGCUACCAGCUGGCCACGGGCUCGGACGACCACACGGUCAAGAUUUGGGACCUGCGAAAGAAGCGAUGCUCCUACACCAUCCCGGCCCACUCGUCGCUGAUCUCGCACGUCAAGUUCCAGCCCAGCGAGGAGGGCCAGUUCCUGCUGACGGCCUCGUUCGACGCCACGUGCCGCCUGUGGUCCACGCGCGACUACGCGCCCAUCACUACCCUCGCGGGCCACGAGGGCAAGGUGCUGUGCGCCGACAUCUCGCCGGAUGGGCGCUACAUCGCUUCGUCGUCCUUCGACAGGACGUGGAAGCUGUUUGCCGAGGACCUCGCCUACUUCUGA